AUGCCGGUUGCUGGGCUGACGGCUUGCAAGCCGGCCGUGACGCCGCCUAAGCCGAGCCGCCCGACGCCGGCGUGCUGCGCGGCUCUUUCGAAAGCCGACAUGAAGUGUCUCUGCUCGUUCAAGAACUCGCCGGUGCUGCCUUCUCUCGGGAUCGACCCCAAGCUCGCCUUCAAGCUCCCCGCCAAGUGCAAGCUUUCCAAGUCUCCCCCUUGUUAA